UGGAAAUGUCAAAAAAUUGUAGUUUCGCGAAAUUACGGUGCUUCAGCAAUUAAAAUAAACAAUAUCUGCAGGAAAAUUAUAAAUAAUAUUAAAAAAUGCCAAAGAAAAUGGGAACUAAUUCGAAGGCGGUGGAGGCGCGUGAACGAAAGCAGGCAGUGAAACAGGCCAAUAAUGUACGUGCAGCAAAGGAGGCUGAAGAUCGCCUGUGGCAAGACAAUGAUAAAAAUUUAGCAAAGAAGCAACAACGUCGUGAGGAGGAAGAAAGGAAGCGGGUUGAGGCUUUGCGGCGAAAGAAUGAGGCAAAAGCACUGCUUGAUCAAGAAAUGUCCUCCAUUAAGACGCAAGGUAAGCAGCCUCUUGCGAAAAUCCACCGUCAACAAAUAUUGGAAGAAUUAGAAAAGAAACAGCGUGCCAUUGAUGCCAUAAAUGCUGCUAAGCCACAAGUGGGUGCACGUAUUGUUGUGCCCGAACCAGUAAUUGAAGAAAAUCUCAACCGCUCCAUGGCUGAUGUGGAAAUAGCUACAAAUGUCGAUCAGGCUUUGGCGGCCUUAAGCGUGAAGGGUGAUGAGGAAGACAAACAUCCUGAAAAGCGUAUGCGUGCUGCCUAUAAGGCAUUCGAGUCAGCUAAUAUGCCACGUAUCAAGGCGGAAAAUCCUUCACUUCGUCUAACGCAAUGGAAACAAAUUCUAAUGAAAGAAUGGAACAAAUCACCAGAGAACCCGUUUAACCAAGCGCGCUGAUCAUACUAAUGGAAUUAAGUCACUGCGAUGCUUUGACUGAAUUGCUGGUUCUUAAAUCAAAGGGGAAUAAUGUGUGGUUUCGCGUCUAUACCCUAAGUAGAAUUAAAAAUUUUAUUUAAACGCGCAUAUAAAUAUCACAAUUUAACUGUACAUCUAUGUAAUAUAUACCUUAUUAAUUUAA